CAGUCUUUCUUCACCUCUCUAGACCUCAAGAUGACUUCCAUGCUGACCCAUAUCAUCAGAAACCUCCCUGCUUCCUCAGCAUGGGCUGCCAGGGUCUCUGCAAGAUCACUCAGCUGCUCUUCACAGUUACAGGCAGCAGCAGUCCAGCCGAAGAGUAAGAAGACAUUAGCCAAAAGUGGCGUGAAGAAUAUUGUUGUGGUAGAGGGUGUCCGUAUUCCAUUUUUGCAGUCUGGCACCUCGUAUGCGGAUCUUAUGCCACAUGACUUAGCCAGAGCAGCAUUGCAAGGGUUGUUGAAUCGGACCAGUGUCCCAAAAGAUGCUGUUGAUUACAUUGUUUACGGCACAGUUAUCCAGGAAGUGAAAACAAGUAAUGUUGCCAGAGAGGCUGCCUUGGGAGCUGGUUUCUCUGACAAAACUCCAGCCCACACAGUCACUAUGGCUUGCAUUUCUUCAAACCAGGCUAUUACCACAGGUGUGGGUAUGAUUGCAGCUGGCCAGUGUGAUGUCGUCGUAGCGGGGGGUGUGGAGUUAAUGUCGGAUAUUCCCAUUCGUCACAGUAGGAAGAUGAGGAAGACUAUGCUCACGCUUAACAAAGCCAAGACUUUGGGCCAGAAGCUCUCUCUGAUUUCCAAAAUUCGGCCUGACUACUUUGCUCCUGAGCUACCAGGUGUGACAGAGUUCUCCACCAACGAGACUAUGGGCCACUCUGCCGAUCGUUUGGCUGCUGCUUUUGAAAUCUCCCGUGUGGAGCAAGAUGAGUAUGCCUUCCGUUCACACACGCUAGCCAAGAAAGCCCAGGAUGAGGGCUUGUUAGUCGAUGUGGUACCCUUCAAAGUGCCAGGCAAAGAUACGGUUACCAAAGAUAAUGGAAUCCGUCCUUCCUCAAUGGAGCAGAUGGGCAAGCUGAAGCCAGCUUUUGUCAAGCCGUAUGGAACAGUCACAGCUGCCAACUCAUCCUUCCUGACAGAUGGUGCUUCGGCGAUUCUGCUCAUGUCCGAGGAGAAGGCUCUGGCCAUGGGAUACAAACCAAAGGCCUACCUAAGGGACUUUGUGUAUGUGUCCCAGGAUCCAAAGGACCAACUGCUACUUGGCCCAACAUAUGCUACUUCCAAAGUGCUAGAGAAGACUGGUCUAACCAUGGCUGAUAUUGAUGCAUUUGAAUUUCACGAAGCUUUUGCUGGGCAAAUUUUGGCCAACCUGAAAGCUCUGGAUUCAGACUGGUUUGCACAAAACUACGUGGGCAGAAAGUCAAAGGUUGGAGCCCCACCUCUGGAGAAGUUCAAUAACUGGGGUGGCUCCCUGUCACUGGGACAUCCUUUCGCUGCCACCGGUUGCCGUCUAGUAAUUACUGCUGCCCAUAGAUUGAAGAAGGAAGGAGGACAGUACGGUCUGGUUGCUGCCUGUGCUGCAGGAGGACAGGGGCAUGCAAUGAUAGUGGAGCUUUACCCUCAAUAAUGGAACAAGGGGCUGCUGAAUGGAUAUUCAUAUGUCCUGUGCCUUGCAGUGCCAUUUCAAUAAUCACAUGUGUACAAUCCUUCUGAGGAUUUUUGGUGGUCUUUGUAAAUAUCUUCUAGCUACUCAGAAUACUACUAAUGCUGCAGAAUGCUACUGAUAAUUUUCAACCAAUGAACACCCACUAGAAAAUAUUCCCUCUCCCUGGAAAAGUUACUAUGGUUCUUAGUCUGUCGAGGGUCCUUGUAACUAAACAGAUUUCCACUGUAGAUCUCCCCGCCAAAUCUUGCUAAUAGGAAGAAUGAUUCCAAAACUUUGUACAAAAAAUUAAGUUUGGAGUUAAGGAGAACUGUAAAGUGUUGAAAGUCUGCAGGCUAAGAUGUGAGCUGAUGUACCUUGUAGAGAGUAACAGUUAUUUUGAGAAACAGAUUCAAACUGAACAGGCUGACCUGGCCUGCGAGGAGGAAGUGGGCUGCAGGGUGUCAAAACAGCACUGGAAUUAGCAAAUUGCUUCUGAGAAAUGAGCGUCGCUGAUGUUAGCCAUAACAUAGUGACAAUACACCAGAAAAAACAGAAAGUUUGACCGUUUCUUUUCCCCCUUCUGCUUGCCUGCAGCAUAUGGACUUUUUCUGUGCUGUUUGUUCUGAGGGCUCUGUGCUCUGAGAUGUUACCAGGUACCUGCUUACUGAUCUCUUGAAAAUGGGACACAGACUGUCUGAAAUCUGCCCAGAAUUCACCUUGAGCUCCAGAGCCUAAAUAAAUCACCACAAUGACA